CCUAGUCCUAGUGGUCUAUUGCUCAUGCUUCAUGGUGAAAGACGAGGUUUCGCUACUUCCCGUUCCGAUCGAUCGUUUCUAAAGUACCAAAACUCUCAUAGACUUCGUUUUUUCGAUACACCGACAUUGAGUAGUAGAAGAAGAUGUUGAGUAUACUCGUCUCCUUGUUUUCGUCCUCUGCCGCAUCGCUGAUGCUCUUCGGUGCAGGGGUCUCCGUGGGAUUUCUCGUGUACCUGGCUCGACAUCGUGCCCUGAGGAACUCCCACUUGGCUCGUCGUGUGAUGGUAAUUGUUAUAGGUGACGUCGCUAGGUCGCCACGCAUGAUGAAUCACGCAUCCGAGUUUGCGAAGCGAGGCGUUGAGGUUCUUUUGGUGGGCCAUUACGAGCAGGGCGACGACGUGAAACGACGACAGACGCUCCCGCGUGAGAUUGCAGAUAGCAGUCGCAUUCACCUGGUCCCGUUGCCCCAAUUUAUCUGUCCUUUUCCCUGGUUGCCGUAUCCGUUCUACCUGUUGUGGAGAAUACUGUACGACCUUUUCCAUUUCGCAAAAAUGGCGUGGAUAUUUAUGGGAGGAAACGAUAAAAUAGAAGAUCAUCUUCUAAUAUGCUCGAUUGGUUUAGUUGUACUACAGUGACUAUCGCGCCACGCUCACGCAGAAACAACAGAUGAUUUAGCAGUACUACUUUACCAGCGCUCACACUAUUUUUGUUGCUUUGCGGCACCCGCAAGAUGCAGGUAAAAGAGCAUGUGAUACUUAGGUAUUUCGAGUUUAGCUUUAGCAAUUAAGAAGCUAUUAUUUAAAACGCUGUUUUUGUUACAGAUUUUUUGAUAGCGUCACUCUCUCUUCAUCGCAGCGAUGGCAAACUUGAGCAAGCCUCCAAUAGACUCGAUCCUAAUUCAGAAUCCGCCAAUGGUGCCGCAGAUUCUUCUCCUGAAAGCCUGUCAGAUGCUUGCUGCAGCCAUCGGGAGCAGACCGAAAAUCGUCGUCGAUUUUCACAAUUUCGGGUACUUGACUGAGGCGGUGGGUUAUUUGCAUUUGCAUCUUUGUUGGCGGAGCGUAGGUCGUUUUAGAUCGCUACAGCCUCGUGCAACGAAAAUCCAAGCAUAGUUUUCUGCCUUUCGUAAUAUUGACGACUCCUUACCGCUGCUUCCAGGUACACAAUCCUAGGUAUGAAAUUGCGAAAAUGUUCCCCGAUCGUGAAGGCUUUGGAGUUCGCUGAGACGAAUCUUGCUCGCAUCUGCGUCGACUCAGGCUUUUCCGUAACCAAAGCAAUGCGAGAUACCCUGCACGACAUUUAUGAAGACGAGAGCGGAAAGCUGGGCAUGAUUCAAUUUGGUUCAUAUACUCUUGCAGUCACGUACAUACUUACUCUGUUGUUCCUAAAUUAUACUAGAGUCUCAGUUUUGGAGGACAGCGACAGUGUUCGUUUAAGCUGGUUUGGUCACUUUUGUAGCCAAAUGGGUCACGAGUAAACUCAUCACUCGGGGGCAGCGCAUCCUACACACGGGCACUAUGUUCACCAUUUCGCCACUCGCUCACUCACUCACUCACUCGCUCACUCACUCGGGGGCCGCGCAUCCUACACGCGGGCGCUCGCAUUCACGUUCAUCUUCUAUUCAUUCGCAUGCGAUUCCAUUCCUUCCGUUCAAUUUUCUCCCGCCCUCUCACCUUGGUUUCCGUGUCAGGUUAAGCCACGGCAUCUUGGCGGUUUCGAUUCUCUUCACCUUCAUUCCUGUUCUCCCUGUUCACUUCCUUUCGCUUAUUUACUCGUGCUUCAUGUUCGUGUCCUCGUUUCACGCUCGCCCAUGCAGCCGCCUGCAUUCGUUUCUCCCAGGCCUUUCUCGUGUCUCGUGCUGCAUAGUCAGUACAAUUUGCACGAUUGCUUGGGGCUAGUGGGCUAGUCUGAAACGCUGGCCGCCAGGCAAUGCUACACACUCGCGCUCACUCUCAUAGUAACGCAAUGGGGACCCAGUUACUUUUUUCUCUAUUGUAAUUACCUCUACAUAUUUAUAAGAGAUUCCCUCGCUCAUGUUCUCUUUUCCCGUCGCGGUGAUGGUUGAACAUCCAGCUCACUCUUCAUGAUUGUCGUGGCAAAUGGAGACUCGGCGUGGAUAUUCGAGUACUCUACGACAGCGCAAAGCCUCCAGCGGAUCCGCUCGUCGAUGUCUCCGGUUUGUGGGAUCGCCUAUACGCCAGUGGACAUCUAGACGAGCUGAAAGAGUGGAACGACGAACCACGUCUAAAUGGUGCUGCUAACGGACAAGCCGCACUCUUUUGUGCAUUCCAAAAUCCCAGUCUUCGACGUGACGAAAACCACACGACAGCACAUGACAGUAAAGAGGGAGAGCCUUAUACCAAGCAACGACGCAUGGCAGCAAGUAAAAAUGCAGCUGGGUUGUCAGAGGAUUGCCGCGACUCUGGUUCGAGAUGGGUAUCCUGUUCGUCUUCCAGUUCUGAUUUCGCAAAAAGUACUCAGGUUUCGGAGCAGAAUGGGGACGUCGUGAAAAUCAUAAGCUCGACGAGCUGGACACCGGAUGAAGAUUUCUCCGAUCUUUUUCACAGCCUGACAACUAUUGCCGUAGGAAUGCAACAAGGCAAACGAUUAGUACUUUUCAUAACGGGAAAGGGAGCCCUGAGGCAGCAUUGGCAGAAAUACUGGGAUGAUGAACUAAAGAAUACUCCCAUCGAAGGUUUGAUGACUGAGGUGGUGGACAAGGACAAUUCAGCUAAACCAAUCAAGCGGAAACUUUUGCUGAAAGACCGAAUACGAGUCGUUUUUCUGUUUUUGCCUUGGGCGGAUUAUCCCCGCAUUUUACAGGCUUGUGAUUUUGGAGUGUGCAUGCACCAGAGCUCCUCAGGCCUCGACCUCCCGAUGAAGGUGGUCGAUAUGUUUGGAAUGGCAGAGCUCCCAGUUAUCGCCCGCAAUUUCCCGGCGCUCCCAGAGCUUGUAGAAAACGAAAAGAACGGCUAUGUCUUUUCCUCUAAAGAGGAAUUGGCGAAUCGAGUCGUAGAAGUAGUCAAUCAUUACGCGGAUGAGCAACAUGCGGCGUACGGCAAAAUGCGUCUUCACAUCCAUGACCACUUCGUACAAGGCGAAGUCAAGUGGGAACACGCGUGGGAACGCGAACUCUGGCAAAUGUUUGAAAACUCGUCGCCAAAGUGUAAAUCAAAAUGAAUUGAUGGCUAUCGACGUACAACACGUGCUAAAAUAUAUGUGUCACGACACACGAAGAAUCACUACAGAUAAUUGAGUUUAGAUUCAAUGGGAAGCGAAGCACAAGCACAUAGCUCCGCAAUCGGGUAGUUCGCUCGUUGUUUCCAUUCGAAAAUCUUACACAAAAAGUAUGCAAGAAAAAUGGUGCGUCGUGUCACAAGACUGCGUUUGCUGAAGUUGGUGACUUUCACUAGUGUAUACCGAGAGAGCAAAUAGAAAUACAAAAGUCGUUUCCGA